UGACAAGCGUUGCUGCGUUUGUCCCCAGACAGAACAGCCGCUACCGUUGUCGUCUCUGACUCAGCUCGGCUGCGUCCACCGCCGCCACCAUGCCUCGGGGGAGUCGCAGCGCGGCCGCCCGGCCAGCCAGCCGCCCCGCCGCACCCUCUGCUCACCUGCCAGCGCACGCACCGCCCUCGGCAGCCGCCCCAGCCCCAUCGGGCCAGCCGGGCCUCAUGGCACAGAUGGCAACCACGGCCGCUGGGGUAGCCGUGGGCUCAGCUGUGGGACACGUCAUGGGCAGUGCCCUGACUGGGGCCUUCAGCGGGGGAAGCUCCGAGCCCACCCAGCCUGCUGCCCAGCAGGCCCCUGCCCGCACUGCCCCCCAGCCCAUGCAGAUGGGGCCCUGCGCCUACGAGAUCAAGCAGUUCCUGGACUGCUCGACUACUCAGAGUGACCUGACCCUGUGUGAGGGCUUCAGCGAGGUCCUGAAGCAGUGCAAGUACAACCACGGUCUGAGCUCCCUGCCCUGAAAAGGCUGGUGUAGACUCAUGGGCAAGCUCCGAGAUGACUCCUGAGCCACAGCCCUGCACCCACCUCCACCCCCUCACCGACAGCAGGACCAUGAUGCCAGAUUGUUCCUGUGUAGCUGGGAUUGGGAGUGAGGAGGGGUUUUCUAACCCCACAGAUAACCCGAGACACAGAUGUGCAAUGAAAGGAGUAUAUUUUAGACCACA